UUCUUGAGCACCACUCAAGCUCAAGACUUGUGUGUCGAGCUAAAAGUAAAAAGGGGGAAAUUCUUCAAACUAUAUCUCAGUUUAAUUUAUUCAAGCUCCAUAAUAAUCUGUGGAGCUCCUCGGCUUGUUUACCUCCCUAAUUCGGUUUAUCAUGAAUUUACCAAUAUACCUUGUCGCUCUUGUUCAUAUGGCCCAAGUUCUGUAGUAUAAAAACUAUAGAAAAUAGUAUAAGUUUACCAUCACGACUUCAUGCUAGCAAAGCUAGCCUUAAGUGCUCCAUUUGCCAGCAAAAUCAGAGCGACUCAAAAAUACCACUUUUGUCACUUUUUUCCCCAACAAAUCAGCAGAUGUUUCCAAGCGAUUCUUGAAAAGGGUUAUAUUACAUGGACCAGUCUCAUACCAGAACUGGCUGCAGGUGGUCAACUAUCAGCUUUGAUUAAUUUGUAUGUCAAGUUUGAGCGUGUGCACGAUGCAUAUGAUCUGUUCGUUGAAAUUCCGGAACCAAGUGUAGUUUCUUGGAAUUCUUUGAUUUCUGGGUAUGUUCGUUCUGGGCAGUUUAGGAAGGCAUUGAAACUGUUUGUUCAGCUGGACGAAUCCAAUCUUUGUGCAGAUUCAUAUUCGUUUACUGCUGCUUUGUCUGCUUGUGGGCAGCUGAGUUUAGUGCAGGUGGGAAGAUCAGUGCAUUCCAAGAUUGUGAAAUAUGGUGUGCAGGACAGUAUUGUUGUUUCCAAUUGCUUGAUUGACAUGUAUGGAAAGUGCGGUUAUGUUGCAGAGGCAAUGAAGGUUUUUGGAGAUAUGAUUGAGAAGGACAUUAUUUCCUGGAACUCUGUUCUAGCAGCAAAUGCUAGAAAUGGGAAGCUUGAACAGGCAUUUGCAAUUUUGCAUCAGGUGCCAGAUCCUGAUACAAUCUCAUACAACGAACUUAUUGAUGGCAUUGCACGGUAUGGAGUCAUAGAAGAUGCUAUUUCUGUGUUAUCAGAAAUGCCAAACCCAAAUUCAUCUUCUUGGAAUUCAAUAAUAACAGGGUAUGUAAACAGGGGCAGAGCCAUCGAAGCCCUGGAAAUUUUCUGCAAAAUGCAUUCAGGUGGUGUUCCUACGGAUGAGUUCACAUUUUCAACUAUAUUGAGUGGCAUUGCUGGUUUAUCAGCUAUUACAUGGGGGAGUUUGGCACAUUGUUCCGUGGUGAAGAGUGGGUUGGAUGGAUAUGUUACUGUGGGGAGUGCUCUUAUUGACAUGUAUUUCAAAUGUGGGCAGAUAAAGGAAGCUGAAAGAUUAUUUCAGUCACUGCCAGAAAGGAACUUGGUUACUUGGAAUGCCCUGAUAUCUGGGUAUGCACACAAUGGUAAUCCCGCAAAGGUAAUUGAGCUCUUUGAGGAGUUGAAAACAAUGAAUUAUUUACAGCCAGAUGAAAUUACUUUUCUCAAUGUUAUUUCAGCAUGUUGGCAUGGUAGGAUCCCUCUGCAGGUCGCGAAUCAGUAUUUUGAAGCAAUGAUGACUGACUAUAUGAUCGAUCCCAUGCCAGAGCAUUGUUCUUUAAUGAUAAGACUCAUGGGACAACAAGGACAUGUAAGCAAGGCUGUGAAGAUGAUUAAUGAUCUGGGAUAUAAUUCUUGUGGAAUGGUUUGGAAGGCUUUGCUUAGUGCAUGUGUGACUUGUGGAGACAUUAAAGUUGCAGAGGCGGCGGCUAGAAAGGUGAUAGAACUGGAGGGUGAUAAUGAAUUUGUGUAUGUAAUGAUGUCCAACAUUUAUGCAUGCUAUGGCAAAUGGGACGAUGUGGGUGGCAUUAGGAAGGUGAUGAAGGAGAGGAACAUAAGGAAAUAUGCUGGUCGCAGUUGGAUUGAAGUUGAAGAUGACACUUCACCAUCCUUGAUAAUGUGAUGCAGAUACAGUUGGGGUUCAUAGAAACUUUUUCUGCCUGAAGGAGGUCCAAUCCCUGUGUUCUGCUGUUCAGUCUGCAUUAAGGGAAAAUCGCGGGCUGGUCUCACGGUCUGCAGCUCUGUAAAGAACUUAUGCUCUCCGGAAUCAAUCAUGUCAUGUCAUCUUUCACCAUGAUUGCCAGUCACCGUGCCACUAGUAACUGAUGUAGGGAUCUCCGUCUACGGUUGUACUGGUGAAUUAAAGUGGGAAACAGAGGUAUAGAGUGAGCGCCUUCCGACAUGAUGCCAUUGGUGAUCAGACAAAAUCCAUGUGUUAAUAAGCUAAAAGCUGCUAUAAUUCUCUCCUGAUCUGAAAUAUCUUGUCUAGUUUGACUUAUAUGAGAGAAUUUUUACAGCAUAAGAUUAUCUGCUUUUCUGAACUUCCUUCCGGCAUCAAAUUGUUUGUUGAUCAUUGCAUAUAAAUUGAUACUUGAGUACUUCUGGUCAAGGAUGGGACCAGUCCGGCGGGUGAGAUGAAUACUUUAAACAAAGUUUGACAGAUGAAUCCUAGCAUGUGGUUAGGAUGUUUUAGUGUGACUGUGCUUCUCUAUGGCAUUGGUAUGCUUGUUUGUGCCGGGAGGCUUGAAGACUCUACCUUUCAUCUCUCCAUCUAUUAUACUCCUGAACUAUCAAAUAAUCUACUAGGGUGCUUGUGAACAUGACAGUAUAUGAGACGAAUAUUAUUUUGGACUAAAGAUUAAAUUUCACAAGAAAUCAUGUAAUUUCUUUAGAAAAGCCGUAAUAGCAAUAAAAUCAGGAAGGCACUUUUUUUCUUUCGUUGUCUUUUCUUAUAUUUGUAUUGGAUAAAUAUUGCCUCUUUACCAUUACCUAAAGCAAUUUUCUGGUCUGGGCUUUAUUGAAGAAUGUAGGUAAGUUACAUGUCCAGAAACAAGUGCUGAUUAACAUGUAGUGUUCAUCCUUACCUUGCUCUUGCAUGCUUGAUCAACUCCAUAACUGCCUUCUUAAAACAUAUUGGUUUCUAUCAGAGUUCAUGGCUUACUAUGUUCUUACAUUCACUCUUAAAACUACCCUUCCCGAGAAAUCAAUUCAUGUAUAUUAGUAUUGCAAGAUCUAAUGAACACCAUGAAUUAAGUCCCCUAGGGCAGAUUUCUGGGUCUUCAGAUCAAGAGUCACAAGCAGGCACAAAACAUCAAGAUGGUAGCAGAUGAAGUCUUACGCCCACACAAUAUGCCAUUUUCUUUAUUUGGAAUUUGGUCUGGAUUUACACAGACAAUAGGUAGCUCUCAUCGACGCUCCACUUUUCAGUAUAGACAAUUUAACUUCAUGUUUUUCAGGGCCAAUGCAACGUGAGUUCAAAGAUAAAGUGAUGCUGUUAAUUUCAGAACCUGGAGUAUGGUUUAGGCUCUAACAAGCAAGCCUGAGGUACAAAUGUUAGAUUUCAAGAAGACAAAAAA